UCCAGAAUAAGCUUUGGAGAGCCCCGGCCGAGACCCACAAUCAAGAAUAACAGACUUCGUUCACUUCUUCUUGUCCCCCCAUUCGACUUCUCCGCAACCACUUUCGCGCAUUGAUCAAGUCUCGUUCGACCGUACCCGGCUGUUGUUGCACGUUUCAAGCACGUCAGCGCUGGGCGGAAAUUCCUCGAGCGAGCGUCAAGAUGGACGAAGUGAUUCCUCACUUGUGGCUUGGCGACCUGGCCUGCGCCUUGGCUCCCGAUUAUCUAGAGCUAGCAGGGGUGACGCACAUUCUCACGGCCAUGAAGCAGCGUCUUCCACCGCCUCCCAUGCUUCCAGGCGGCCGAAGCAUCUCUUCUUCCAGCAUGCAUCAUGUCAAAGUGGAUGAUUUAGAUGACGCACCCAUCCUCGUCCAUCUACCCGCCGCCGUCGAUUGGCUAAAAGAAGCGUUGGAUGAGACGUGGGUGGAAGCGGAGGAAGAAGGGGAAGAGGGUUGGUGGCAACCUGGAGAAAAUGUCGUCUAUGUCCAUUGUCAGGCCGGCGUAAGUAGGAGCGCCACAAUUGUCCUUGCCUACUUGAUGCACACGCGCUCCCUCUCUCUGCAAGAAGCGCUCGAGCUGGUCAAGAGCAGGAGGUCUCACAUCGAACCCAAUGCUGGCUUCAUGACCCAAUUGGAAUUGUACGAGGCGGGAGGGUGUGCGGUGGAUGUGAGGCAUCAACCAAUCAGGAGGUUCCUCAUGUCACAAACGAGCAUCUUGAACGGCGAUAGCAUAGACGACGUCUUGCUGGCCUACUAUCCAAGCCCUCCAGCUAGCGAGAGCAGACGAAGGAGCAGCAGCGCUACAAGCUCCGGAUCUGGCAAACCGAAGCUCAGUCCAACCACGAUGAGCCGAGUGAGCAGCAGAUCGGGGGGAAGUGAGACUUUGGAUUUAUCCAAAUCGCCUCCCCUACCUGCCGGAGCCGAGCUGCUAGAUACAGAUCCUCACCAGCGAGAAGCUUCAUUAGCUGCACCCCGAGCAACCUCGAGCACAGAGUCAUCCGCAACUAUCGCACCAUUACGUCCUGCGAAGCUGAAGUCGUCCGUGACGGGCCCGCCGAACAUCGAGUUCAAAAUCACUGCCAACAAUGGUCGACUUCCGGGCGGAGUGAAGAGUGUGCGGGGCAACGAAGGCAUUCGAAAUAGAGGCACUUUGCAACGACCCACCUUUCAAGGACCCAAAUUGUCUUGCAAAAUGUGCAGGAGGGAAUUGGCGGCGAGCGAUCAUGUGGUGGAUCAUUUGCCCGGAAGCUCGAGCGGAAAGGGCACUUUUCAAUCUAGAAGGAGGAAAAAGGACUGGGAGAAGUUGAGCAGGGAGGAAAAGUUUGGGUCUUCUUCUUCGGCUGCGAAUGGCCCUAGAGGACCGCGAGGUUGGCAAGAGGCUCACGAUGGUGCGAAUGUGGCUCAGGAAGAGCUGCCCAACGCUUUGGGCAGUGGAGAGACGAGUGCUUCGGACGCUGCAUCAGUAUCCGAAAGCGAUCAGACGGGGCUUGGCGAUCAAGCGAUCCGGCAAGAAGGCGACGCAGUGGCGGAAAACCAUUCUGCUUCCUCUGCUUCAUCUUCGUCUGCCACACCCACACCUACACCCACGCCCACGCCCACGCCCACACAGCGUCCGAUGCAAUCAGCCGCGGCGCUGAGCGCCUCUUUGCCACCGGCCCUAGCCGCGUUGCGUCUUGGUCGCUCAUCCACCUCCACCACCUCUUCGGCGCCAGCGCCAGCGUUCGCGGACCGAUCCGCAUGGUCGCAAUCAAACGAUCAUCAACGGACCAGAUUGAUCCACUCGAACAAUUGUAGCGCUUACUUUGUCGAACCGUUGCAGUGGAUGUCUGCGCUGAAGGAAGGAGAGAUUGCGGGCAAGUUGGAUUGUCCUAAUGCGCGGUGUGGAGCCAAGCUGGGAAACUGGGAUUGGGCAGGCAUGCAAUGCGGAUGCGGGGAAUGGAUCACGCCGGCUUUUGCGUUACAUCGGACCAAGGUGGACGAGGUCGGAUAGAGCUGCGCCUUGCAUGUGCAAAGAGGACCAACAAUCAUCAGCAAUGCCAUGUGACGCGAUGGCAAGCACGUUUGUAACGAGGUGCUAUGUCAAUGCCCCUUUGGGCUCUUUUGGUAAGGCUGUGCAGCGUGAGAUGGAGCAUGUCGGCGCGAUAGCUGAUCACGAGUUGGCGGGGGGAGUGGAAGGCCAGAUCCAUCGCGCAACAGACAGCGAAGUCAUUCUAUCUCCCCGCCAUAUGACAUCCGCCGACUCGAUACGGAAUGUGAAUGAGGAGCGACGAGCUGUUUUGGAGUACGAGUCGCGCACAAAUGCCUCUCUUCCUUUUACACUUUCGGGCAGAGAUUUGCCGCUCCAUGCAAC